UUUCUCUCCCCCAAUCCAAUGUCUGGAGGCUUUGGCGAGUAUGGGAGCACAUGAUAAAUUUAUUGGCCUCGCACUGGCUGUGCUGGCUUCGGUAGCGAUUGGGUCGAGUUAUGUCAUCACCAAGAAGGGUCUGGUACAAGCGGCGGAGAAAUAUGGCUUCAGUGGAGAAGGAUUUGAAUAUAUGCGAAGCCCACUAUGGUGGUGUGGAAUGAUCAUACUGAUAUCGGGGGAACUCAUGAACACAGCCGCUUAUGCUUUUGCUCCGGCAGUGCUGGUCACUCCGCUCGGGGCGCUCAGCGUACUCAUCAGUGCCUUGAUGGGCGCAUACUUUCUCAACGAGAAUAUACAAGUCCUUGGUAAACUCGGAGCCGCCAUUUGCCUUUUGGGAUCGAUAUUGCUCGUGCUCCAUGCGCCGGGUGACAGGGACAUCCAGACCAUUGAGGAAAUCCUGCACCUAGCGAUUCAACCAGGCUUUCUCAUCUAUUGCACCCUUGUCACCGUAUUUGCGAGUUACAUGAUCUACAAAGUCGCCCCGAGACUAGGCCGGACGAACCCGCUGGUCUAUCUAUCGAUUUGCUCCACCGUGGGAUCGAUAUCCGUCAUGUCCGUGAAGGCAUUCGGAAUUGCUAUCAAACUCACCUUCGCCGGAGACAACCAGUUCACCCACGCGUCCACUUACGUUUUCUCUCUGGUCCUGGUAGUCACCACCCUAACCCAAAUGAACUACCUGAACAAAGCAAUGGGUGAAUUCCCUGCGUCGCUAGUAAACGCAAUGUACUACGUUGGUUUCACGACCUGUACCCUAACCGCCUCCAUCAUCUUCUACCAAGGCCUGAACACCAGCGACUGGACCAGCAUUACCUCCAUGAUGUGUGGAUUCCUCCUCAACUUCAUCGGAAUCUCCCUCUUGACUUUGUCCAAAGCCGGGCAAGAGGCCCGUCCCGAGUCAGUGCGAGCCGUGAGCAUGAGGUCGCUCGACUUGUCCCAUGGACGAUACGACCAUGUGCGAACCAGCAGCGUCGAUCUUCCCCAUCCCCUGGAGAGAAGGUCGUCCGGCCUGGACGCCGCAGAGCGACAGUAAGGCCAGACUUGCCAUCAUGGGGCUAUUUCUUUUUAUUGCGUUUUUUCAUUUGUUUGUUUCCUUUGUACGGCCAGGUCAAUUUUGGAACAUUCGGCGUGAAAUCGACCACCUCGCGUCUGGUUCGGAGUAACUUCGGACUUUUUGCUUAAAAUCGAUGGGCCACUGGAGG